AUGUCGUCCAGUGCACAAGGCCAGCAAGGCAAUCUAGACAGAUACGUUGUUAUCCACGUCGCUACAACCUGUGAUGAGCAUGGCGUCUACGUGACGAAGGAUUCCGCCGAGGUCAUAGAGCUCGGAUGGAUUCUCCUGGACGCGAAGAGUUGCGAGGAGCUCCACCGCGAAAGUGCUCUCGUCAAGCCCAUCAACACCCCGAUUACGCCUCUUUGCACCAGCCUGACAACGCUUACCUGGGAGCAUGUCCGUAAUGCCGGUACGUUCCGCGAUGCAAUCAACCGCUUCGACGCCUUUGCCUCCGAACACCUCACGUCGCAGAAUCUUGAUUUCUCUUUCGUGACUCUCGAUUCUUGGGACCUCCGAGUCCAGCUCCCCCGCGAAGCUCGCGAUAAAGCUGUAGUGCUGCCGCCAUACCUCCAGCACUCUCGUACCUUCGACCUCAGAACCGAAUACCAGCGCUGGCAACAACACCACCCGGAAUCGCUACCCUUUGGGCCUUCAAUGCUAUCAAAUAUCUGUGCUGCCCUUGAAGUAGAGCCGGUUCAGGCCAGUGCGCCAAUUAAGCACAACCUUCCGUUCCAUUUGCAGGCUCUGGCCCCGGCUUCUCCUCGCCGAGCCAUGGAGGAAGCAGUGACACUGGCAAGAGUUCUUCGCGGGCUAAUCCGAAAGUCUCAGCCACCCCAUGAGCACCCAGAUGUUCUCACCAGACCAAUGGAUGCCCGUGCUGACGUUCGAGCAUUUCUGUCGGAGCGUAGCAAGGUACUUCACAUGGCCGGUCUUCCGCAUGAUACCACCCAGUCUGAGCUGGAGAGUUGGUUCACCCAAUUUGGCGGCCGCCCGAUUGCGUUCUGGACUCUUCGUACACCUGAUCAGCACAAGCCUACAGGCUCAGGUUUCGCAGUUUUCUCAUCCCAUGAAGAGGCUGCGGAGAGUUUGUGCAUGAACGGACGUGCUUUGAACGAAAAAGCUAUCGAGGUGUCUCCUUCAUCUAGUCGCGUUCUGGACCGGGCUGCAGAGAUCCUUACGCCAUUCCCACCCAGCAAGAACCGGCCUCGACCAGGAGAUUGGACCUGCCCGUCGUGCGGCUUCUCUAACUUCCAGCGCCGAACAGCUUGUUUCCGCUGCUCCUUCCCUGCCAUGAGUGCUGGACCUAGUGGAGAUGCCAUGGGAGGUUAUGGCGGACAGUAUGGCUACGGCCCACCUGCCAUGAUGCCUCCUCCACAGCACAUGGGCCACCAUGGUGGAAUGGGUGGUCAUGGUGGAGGACGAAUGGGCGGCAGCGGUGGUGUUGUACCUUUCCGUGCUGGCGACUGGAAGUGCGGGUCAGAAGGGUGUGGUUAUCACAAUUUUGCCAAAAAUGUGAGUUGCUUGCGUUGUGGUGCUAGCCGUGCAGGUGCCGCCGUUGUCGCUGAUUCCGGCUACCCUUCUCCAAUGGAUCCCCCAUCCAACUAUAGUAUGGGCCCUGGAUCUAUGGCCGGUACUCCUGGCCCGGGUCCAUUUGCCUCAGCAGCGGGUGGAUUUGGAUCUGGCGGUGGUUAUGGUGGACAACACUUCGGUGGCCCUCCCAGCACCUAUGCGCUCCCAUCUGGUCUCGGUGCUUCCACAGGCCCGUACCCUUCUCUGAACACUCACUUUGGCCCUUCUGGAGGUGCUCAUUCGGCCGGUCCAUUCGAUAGCCGUGCUGCUGAAGCUGCAUUCCAGUCAGCAAGCAAUGGACCUGCAUCUGCAGGUGCCGGAGCGUCGAACCAAUUUUAUUCCAACCAAGGUGAAACCGACCCGUUUGCAUUCCUCUCCACUGGUAUCGGUAACUUGUCCAUGGGCAGUGGUGAUGCGCGACAGAACGGCGGCUCCGCACAGCUUAGCGCUCCGAGCAAAUCGCCUGCCUAA